CAACAGAGGAUUUUCCGAAUUCUUCAAUCUGGUAGUCGGUCACGUACAAAAUGUUUUGCUUUUUUAACAACUUGUCGAAAACUUAAAAAUGAUCGGGCACAAACACCUCCGGUUGCGCUACUACACUUCCUUGGAGGAGGCUGUGCUGGUGCGACUGUGGCGCGAGCACCUGCACGAAAUUUCCUCGUACUCGGAGAACCUGGCAAUUUUUCGCGACAUUUCGUUUGGUCUCCAGCGAGUCGGCAUAAGGCUGAACAAGCAGGAGGUUCGGCGGCGCCUCAACUCUUACCGAAAUAAGUAUUUAAGCGAACGAAGCCGAUUAGACAGCAACCCAGAGUACAAAUCGGAUUGGCGCCUUUACCCAUUAAUCGACAGUUUGUUAAACCCCAGUCGACCUACCACAAUCGAGUGUAACCCUCGCAACGUUAUAGAGGCCGCCGCCGCCAAGGCCCGAGCUGAUUUGCCUGCCUUGCCGCCUAUUCAGUACCCACAGGGAGCUCCGAUAAAGUUCGAACGCAAUCCCGACGGAUGUGCCUUCCUGGAGCCAUCGGAGCUUACACCUGUGCUGAAAACGGAACCACCUAGCGUUCCUUGCGACUUUAUCAAGACUGAGGAGAAACCCACAGAGCUGGAACUAGCCACUGCGGUGGCUGGUUAUGCGACCCCAGCCUUCGAUAGUACAAACCGCAGAGCCCCUCUGGCGCCAGCCAACCAUCAACUAGCAGUAGCAGUGGAAGUCCAAACGGCGGCCACUGUCAACGGUCUUGGAGAGGCGUCCAAAAAAAAACGUGGACGGCGAAGCAUCAUGCCGCGAACUGGUCAGAUCACCAUGGCCAUGAUAGAAGGGCUGCGCAAAGAAAACGAAUCGCUCGAGGCGGAUAUCGAUACUAGCCGUCGGCUGCUUGAGCAAAAAGAAAAGCAGUUUGUGGUGAUACAGCAGAGCGUCUUGGCCUAUCUGGAUCACCAAGAAGCCAUGUUAUCGCAACUAUUGCGGCAUAAUAUUAAGAAUAGUUAAGUAGUUAUUACGCAAAGAUGACAGCUAAUGAGGGAAAAAGCUUUAAUGAGGGAUACUUAAGUUUGGGAGUGCCAUGAAACAGAAGCUGCUACAUACAUAGAUAUAAGUUAGAAGCAGAUCCCGAAGUGAAUCUCAGGGACCACUGCAUUUUUUGUUCCUUACCGACACAAGUCAAAUUUGUUAGAUUUAAGAAACCACGUGGAAACCGAAGAUAUUUUUAGUUCUUACUUUUCUAUAUGAAUAAAACUGAAGCAAACUGUUUA